UAUGCCAGCGCUCCUCGUCAAUCAGCAGUAGCGGGUCAAGCGUCCUCCGGAGUCCAGGAAGAGCGGGAGCAUCUCCCCUUCCCUGCACGGAACAGCUGCGUUUUCAAAUAUUUUUCAUGACUGGCAAGACACCUUAAAGAUGAUGGCUUCCUCCGUGAGUGGGACAGAGGAGGUGCGGGUGUCGACUUUGACGCCCCUGAAGUUGGUGGGGCUGGCGUGCGUCUUCCUCGCCCUCUGUCUGGAUGCCGGAGCCCUGCUGAGUCCGGCGUGGGUCACAGCCGAGGACCAGUAUUACCUGUCCCUGUGGGAGUCCUGCUGGAAGCCCGUCAGAUCCGCGGACUGGUCCUGCAACACAACACUGGGCACCGACUGGCAGAUCGCCACGCUGGCCUUGCUUUUGGGAGGAGCCGCCCUCACCCUGCUCUCCUUCAUGGUGGCUCUGCUGUCGCUGUGCUGCUCCUGCAGGAGUCGCUGCAACAAGCCCGUGGCCGUCAUGCUCUUCUCUGCAGUGGUGCUCCAGCUGUGCAGUCUGGUCUUGUUCCCCAUCAAGUUCAUCGAGGCAGUCAAUCUGAGGGUGUACCAUGAGUUCAACUGGGGCUUCGGCCUGGGAUGGGGGUCCACCAUCUUCUCCUUUGGAGGAGCCAUCCUCUACUGCCUUAAUUCCAAGAACUAUGAAGACUACUAUUAGAAGGUGCAAGACAGUUAGCAAUGACAGCAUCUUAACAGCAUGUUCUCUUCCACAUACCAUCUCUAUUCCUCUCUUAAUGGAGCCCCAGCAGGUCGUACAGGUCCAAUCUGGAUCCAGUGACCCCCCAUGAGGAGGAAAAGGUGGACUGGUUAACCAAUCAGAGCCAAGGCGGCCCUAAUCAGGAAUUCACAGCUCCAGGGAGGACAAGGAAAAACAGAGCACACCCAAGGAAAUGCUGCAUUCCUUUUGGAACUUCUAUUAACUCCUAAACGUCUUUGGAAUAGCAUUAUUAUUAUUAUUCAGCAUUAAGUAUUGAAAACAGCUCAUGAAAGGAUGGCAGAUGAUCAUUGGAUGCCUCACACGUCUCAUGUGAUGCCUGAAGGGUUUUUAGGGGUGAAGAAUGCUGAUUGUAGUUGUUGUAAGGUGUGUAUUAGUGUACUUCGUAUAUAAUAGAAAUGUGCAGUGCAUGAAGAUCAAAUAAAAAGUUAAAACAAAAAAACGUCCACACGCAAUUUGGGGCGGAAUUUUGGAACUAUUACGACUGACUGCUGAGACAGGAUGGUACCAUUUAUGUAGCAUAUCGCAUACCUCACGGUCCCAUGGGGGGAUUUCACCCAAGAGGCCUAUGAAGCAAAGAAACUGCGCUACACAGACCUGGCAGCAGAUGCACAAGGAGGAUGGAAGGCCAAGGUCUAUCCAGCCCAAGUAGGAAGCAAGGAAGAAGGUUCUGUGGCUUCCUCUACCAUCAUGGACAGGCGCUGCGACAGACAAUGACAUUGCUCUCUGAAGCGGCUCAAGCGCAAGGACCCUUGCUCAAAGCAGAGGGGGGCACACCUGGGACACCAGGUGUUGUCGAUGAGCUCUCGGGGGCGCCAUGGUCCUAUCAUCCAAACACCAAUGAAGGAGUGUGCCACCUGACGAGCCCCAUGAAGUUUGAACCCCAACACACAAAGGCCAACACUUUUCCCCCCAGCGAGCGUCGCCUACCAGGGCAGCAGAGCCACCUCGCCCUGGCCGACGAGGCUCAUCAGCACGCAUGAGGAGCUAUCACAUGAAUGUGUGCCACGUUGUGAGCUUGAUGGGUUCAGUCUUUCUGCUCUUCCGGGACCUGCUAUGAAGACCAGCUGGGAGACCACUGGGGGUGUCUUUCAAGCAGCACAAGACGACGAGAAAGCAAUCGUCCCUGAGAAUCGCAAUCUCAACGUUCAGCAACGAAACUGCAGCAUCAUAACCGUAGGAUGAAUGUAAUCCGUAGCAGCGCCGCUGCCGUGACAAGCAUGAGGGAUCCUGACUACGAUACAACCUUCCAGCCGAGAAUGGUCACGUCACGUAGAAUCCGCUCCUUUAUUAAGUACAGCAAGUUGAGGCAUUCGCAGAGGAAACCAUUUCAUCACGUAAUACAGGGUGACAGGAUACGCAUAAAAGUACCAGGAAUAUACUCCUAUGCAAGUUUUUUAGUGUUCUUUUGUCAGCUCUUAAAGGAAAAGUGCACUUUUUUUUCCCAUCCACAAUCUUUAUGUGAGACAUCAACACGUCUUUCUCUUUUCUGUGCCUUCUAAAGAUAGAAUAACGGGUCAAAAGAGACAGCUCAUGUCAUGGAACACACCUAUUCUGCCUAUGAAAACACCUCCAAGAAGCUCCAACAAGGUUCAGUGGUUUUCUAUCCAUGCUGUGAGCAUGUAGUAACAGGUACUUUCAUCCUAACGUGGAAUACUUGGGAGUACUUUGGGAACUUCCUUCCUGGGUGCAUUGAUUUCACAUAGCAACAUAGAAAGGAACGCAACACCUCAAAAACAAAAACACAGCUCCAAUAUGUAGCAUUACCUUUGGCCAGUGCGUGGUGAAGCUAGUUUCUAGCACCUAGCUGGUGUGGUGUGGCGAGGUGUCACUAUGCCAGGAAGGUAGUUCCUGGGCGUAACAAUGUUAAUAAUCAUAUCAAUUUUGCUGUAGCUUGGUUAAUAUGCAGCUGACGUAGAAAUGGUGCUUUUUUCAGAAGGCUUUUUAGGUGGAAUAGGUGUGUAGCAAUACGUACAUUCUCAGCUUUCUUUUUACUGUUUUUCUAUCCUUAGAAGGCACAGAAAAGAGAAAGACGUGUAUUCAUGUCUCACAUUAGGCAAAAUUCCCCAAAAAAGUGCACUUUCCCUUGAACAGAGCUAAAUACAGUGUAGAGUCUACAUUUGCAUUAGUCAGACCUUGCAUACCUUCCAUUAUUCCACCGUCAGCCAGACAGAGAGAGAAAUAAGAUACCCUUCCUGAAUUUGAGAGCAGGAAUGGAUGCAGUUGUGUAAACAGGGCAGUCAGUCUUUCUGCAUGGAAUGUUUGCAGGUAAACCACAACGCCUCCUACUCCAUCCUCCACUUAAUUUGACCUUUCUGAUUCCCCGUGACACUCACUGCCAGAGUGGGAGCUUCUUAGUCUGUAAUAUAUUAACCACUGGAGUCUCCAAGCCCCCCGGUGGGGGGAGAAGUUUUUAAAAUCAAAGUGCACGGAAGUAGCAGAUAAGAGCAUGACGAGUGACCAGGGAGGGAUGGUGGCUCUUCCUCAGCAGGUAAAAGGGUCUUAAAUAUUGAUUGACAGGCGACAUCCUCCAGACCCUCCCAGAUUCUGGAGGGCUAUCCAAGGACUGGUAAAGGGACGGGUCGUGUGGCGUUUGAAGCUCAAGUGUAGCGUGGCAUUUCGCAUUGUUCACAGCGGUUGAGCGCAGGGUGGUUGAGGAAGGUGCAGCUGUCACAGCUCCACUGAGCACCUUCAAAGUCCUCAUCCCUCUGAGGCACUGCUGCUGGCUUGGAGCAAUGGUCCCCGUCUAACACACAGACACACACACGCGUAAAUAAUUCAUGUUUUCAUUUACAAAAGCAGGGCUGCACAAGAAAAAAGGCAACCUUUAAUCUACUUUCACUCUUAUUAUGUUUUACUUAACAAGCAAAUGCUGCCAUUUCACUCGAGGCCUCAGGCUGCACUCUUGUUCACGUGACGCCUUCCCCAUCCUCCAGCCAGCCUCACUGGCUAUCAUUCAUCAGCUCGCUGGAGGAGGGAUCGCAUUAAUUACAUGCUUCAGCGUUAAUAGCUCUGCAAACUAAAAAAAAUCUUCAACAUUUGUUUUUCUCUGAAAGUAGGCUGUUUUUUCCCUGCAGAAAACCCAUCUCAUUGAUCAUAGCCAAUCAUCUAUAAAUAGGUGAUGAUACAGCUCAGAUGGACAGCAUACAUGGAUGUUUCAUUUUUCAUAUUUAUGUCUUUAUGUCUCUGUGUAGGCUCUCAGUCGUACAGGAGUUGUCCAUCGAGGGAAAGGCUUCUUGAGACAUCAUCUGUACUUCUGUGAAGAAGGUGUCGGACGUUUCGCUCCUCAUCCGAAGAGCUUCGUCAGCGAACUAAUAAGUGCUGGUA